AUGUUCAGAUUAAAACAAGAUGAAAGGCAUGCACGGGAUGAAAUUAGUAAAGUCCUCGAGCGAGAACGGGCUGCCUCCAACGAGCAUUUGGCCAGAGUCCUUUUUAGAGAGCGAGCUGUGCAUGAAGAGGAGCGCCUGAAAGCACAAAUUUUGGCCAAGCAGCUGGAAGAGAAAGACAGAGAGCUGAAGAAGCACGAUGCUUACUACAAAGAGCAGCUGGGUCGACUGGAAGAGAGGAGUGCACAAUUCUACAAAGUCACCACGGAGGAAUUCCAGAAAGCCGUCAAUGAGGUAGACGCCAGAUUCAAGCGAUACGAGUCUCACCCAGUCUGCGUGGACCUGCAGAGCAAAAUUCUCCAGUGCUACCAGCAGAACUCUCGGCAGACACUCAGCUGCUCAACGCUGGCCAACGAGUACUUGAAGUGCGUCAACCUUGCCAAGCAGGGCAUGGCUGGCAGAGGAGGGUAGAGGUCCCUCCUCAUCGAGC